AUAAUUGAGUGAAACAAAACCUACCCCUUUAGAAAAUGUAGCGAGCGCAGCUUUUUAUACAGUAAGUUUGAUGGAUUCUUUGUUUCUUAACUACUCUAAUCAUGCCCUAUAAAAUUCAGGCCGGUGUUUACUUUUAUCUAUUAAGAAAUCAUCAUCACAUUAGUUAUUGCGCAUAGUGGAUUAAGUUUCGUACUGCAGAUCCAGUUUUGCGGCCAUAGCUUUCUUCACAAUUGCAAUGGAACAGCCUUCUUUUGUGUCUUCAUGUGGUUCCUCCUAUGAUGUUUUCUUGAGUUUCAGAGGAGAAGACGUCCGCAAGAACUUCGUUGACCAUCUCUACGCUGCGAUGUAGCAAAGAGGGAUUUACACUUUCAAAGACGACGAGAAGCUGGAAAGGGGAAAGUCCAUCUCGCCCGCACUUGAGAAGGCAAUCGAAGAAUCGUCCAUGGCGGUGGUCGUCUUCUCCGAGCACUAUGCUGAUUCCACAUGGUGUUUGGAGGAACUGGUGAAAAUCAUGGAGUGUAUGGAGGUGAAAGGUCAGAUGGUUGUUCCCAUUUUCUAUGGCGUGGAUCCAUCGAUGGUGAGGAAACAGAAGGGAAAGUAUGGAGAAGCCUUUGAAGGACACGAGAAGAGGUUUGAGAAAGAAGGAGAAAAGGUGAAGAAAUGGAGAAAAGUGCUAGAGAAUAUAUCCAAUUUGUCAGGUUGGGAUCUGGACAACACUGAAAAUGGGCAUGAAGCAAAGUUCAUCCAGAAAAUUGUUGAAGAUAUCGUUACUAAAUUGGGUUCAACGAGGUCAAUUGAUAAUCCAAAACUGGUUGGGAUGGAGCCUCGUAUGCAGAAACUGUAUCGAUUGAUAGGCUUGGGGUCUAAUGAAGUUCGUUUUGUUGGAAUACUUGGGAUGAGCGGGAUUGGAAAGACAACUAUUGCAAGAGCUGUGUAUGACAACAUCUCAAAAGAAUUCGAAGGUUGUAUUUUUAUUCAUGAAGUUAGAAGCGAGUCGGGAAAGCAUGGUGUGGUGCACUUGCAACAGAAACUUCUAUCUAAUAUUCUUUCAGUAAAAGAUAUGAAAAUAGACAAUGUGUUUGAAGGAAAAAUGACGAUACGACAAAGGCUGCAUUGCAAAAGAGUGCUUGUUCUUCUUGAUGAUGUUGAUCACAGGGAUCAAUUGGAAUCAUUGGCUGGAAACAACGAUUGGUUCGGUGCUGGAAGUAGAAUCAUCAUAACAACUAAGGAUAAACACUUGCUCAUUAGCCAUAAAGUGAAGAUUAUGAAAUACUUUAAAAUGAGUGUGCUAGAGGAAGCUGAAAGCUUUCAACUCUUUAGGCAGCAUGCAUUUAAUAAACAGUUGUUGCUGCCUCCUUCCAAGGAAUUUGAGGAGCUCGAAGCUCAAGUGGUACACUCUGCUGCAGGCCUUCCAUUGGCUCUUAAACUUUUUGGCUCCCUCCUAUAUGGCAGAGAUAUUGAUGAAUGGAGAAGUGAAGUUGCCCGACUUAAGGAAAUCCCAGAAGAUGAGAUUUUAGAGAAACUUAAAUUGAGUUUCAUUAGUCUCAACAAAAAUACACAAAGGGUUUUCUUAGACAUUGCAUUCUUCUUUAAUGGGAAGAAGAAAACAUCCAUAACAAGAAUACUUAAUAGUUUUGACUUCCACUCUUACAUUGGCAUAAAGGUUCUUAGAGAGAAAUCUCUAAUAACUAUUUCAGAAGGUCGUGUUUUGAUGCAUCAAUUAAUACAAGAAAUGGGGUGUUCUAUUGUUCGCCAAGAAGCUUCAGAUGAUCCAAAAAGAUAUAGCAGGUUGUGGCUACCUCAGGAUAUUUCUCGACUACUUGCAGGAAGUGAGGUACGUAAACAACAGAUCACAUAG